ACUUUAUAACAGAACGUCAGCCCUGGCAUCAAUCUAGUCUGAGAGCGACUUUUAGGACUGAGGAACUACCGCUGUUGGACUCUUUUGGGAAAAACUUGCUUUUGCUUCUUGCGAGCCUGAAUCUCUUUUUUUGUGGAAAUACAAGCUCCCUGCUCUAAAUCAUCCGAGAAGAUGCUGCUCCUACUACUGGGAAUCAUCCUCCUGCACGUCGCUGCUCUGGUUCUCCUGUUUGUGUCAACAAUAGUCAGCGUAUGGACAUCAAGUGAAGCUGGCACCUCAGACCUCUGGUUUAACUGCUCUGCUACCAAUGGAGGAUACCACUGUCUCCCAGGAUCAACUGGAGAGUGGAUUCAGGCGGUCCAGGCACUUAUGAUCCUAUCCAUCAUCUUCAGCUGCCUUUCCCUCUUCCUCUUCUUCUGCCAGCUCUUCACUUUGCAGAAGGGUGGACGCUUCUUCCUCACUGGAACCUUCCAGAUCCUUGCCAGUUUGUUUGUGAUGAGCGGCGCCGUCAUCUACACGGUGAUGAGUCCGGAGUGGGUGUCGGAGACAUACGGCUUCGGCUACUCCUACAUCCUGGCGUGGGUUGCCUUCCCUUUGGCGUUGAUCAGCGGACUCAUCUAUGUCAUCUUAAGGAAGCGAGAAUGAGCCAUCACUCCACCCCAGUGUUCCCAGUAACCCCCUGCUGCAAGUGUCACCAGUCCCCCUCUGAAGUAUAAGUUCUGAUGCCUGAGUACCAAUGGCCAAUGGAGCCACCAGGCCAAUACACCAAGAUCACAGCGAGGGGGGGUAAUACCAAAAAUCUACAUGCAAACCAACACAAAAACAACCAAUACUGUCUCAGUUAAAAGAUGUAUAUAGUAUCUAUGGUUUAAAACCUAUUUAUAACACUUUUUACAUAUAUGUACAUAGUUUUUGUGUUGCUCUGUCAACGGAUACUCGUAUGAGCUUUGUUUUAGCUGAUUAAGUGCCUUGUGUUUGUUUGUAAUGAUGAAAUAAUUAGAUGCUAUUUUUGUUGUGUUUUCAUUUUUUUGUUGCCUUUUUUGUUUUGGUAAUUGCCAAAGAGAAAGAAUUAGUAAAAAAGAAAAAAAGUUUCCUUGAAGUAUAUUAACCAAAGUGCAUGUAUAAAAAUAGAAGGGUUAGAAGAAGAGGAUCUUUUGAUGGGCUUGCUUUACAAAAAGAGUGGUAACAUCCAAGAUUGUAGCAUAGCCAUGAACUAUAGAUUUGGUCCUGUUCUAUUUGUGAAUUUGCAAGUUUUAAUGUUUUUAUUUUCGGUAUUUUUCUAUUUCUUAUUUUCAACAAAAGAUGGUGCUAUGUAUUUAUCAUUCCUAUUACUGAUAGCAAUCAUUUACAACAGAGUUACUUUGUUAUUGUUUAGAGUCAAAACAGCUUGCCAUGAAUUAAAGUGAGAAUCAGACAGAGGUACACAUGUACAUACAGUGCCUGACUGCUUCUUUAGGGAACACAGCCUAUUUCACAUUGCAGUGCCUGAUUUUUUUUUUUUCAUCAGCUACUGUAAAAAAAAAAAAUUGAGUUUGGAGUGGUAUAUUGAUGAAGUCAAAAGUCAUUUGGAAUGUCAGUAUUAUUCUGAAAGUUUGUGUUGGAGUUGGAUCACAGUGAAAUUACUUUAUAUAAGCUUUAUUUAUUUGCCUUCCUUUUCUCUCAUUCUAAUGUGUGUUCACCUCAUGUGUAUGGCUGUUGAAGUCUUGAGAAGCCGAAUUGCCGAUUUAGAAGAAUGCCAUAAAAAAAAAUAACACCGUGGGGCAUUAAGAAGAAAAGUAUACAUUUAACAUUACUAGAAACAAAUGCCACCAAUUCGAAGCCAUAUAAGAUAUAAACACCAGAUGACAGGAAAAACAUAUUUAGUAUUAACUCUAUAUGUGAGAAAAAGGACAAAAAGGUUUGCAGUGGUGAUACAGAUGUCUGUUUCACAUACUUGAAGUUUGACAUGCUGCAGUCUCUGCCCACUGACACCUAGAUGUUUUGCCCUUCUACUGUAUAAAACACUGUUUCUAUGUUGUGCAUAACAGAUGUUUAUGACAGUCUAGCCUAAAACACUCACUUACUCAAUAAAACUACUCUCACAUUAUCUAAUACUGUGUAUUCCACUGUUACAAGGGACUGGAUUCACGCUAAUACUUGCAUGUGGAGCUAGAAAUUACAUAAUGCAGAAUUUCAACUAAAGUUUCCUAGGCUGUUAUGCUGUCUGCCUGUAAACUCUGAAACACACAUCUCUGCACUACAAAAGCAUCAUGUGGAAAAACUCUCAGUAAAUGGGAAUAGACACUAAAAUUAAAGCAAAUUCUGAACCAUUUGUGACGAUGAAUCUGUUAUGAUGGACAGUAGCUGCAUGUUCACAUGCUAAGAGACAAAGAGAUCAGCAUAUGAAAUGCAGCGUGCAGCAUGUAAAUUCCUGUUUACAGUCAAGCCAAGCAAGUCUACCUUACAGUAUGAUAUCAUACGCUGGUAGAUCAAAUAAACUGCCCUGUGCAUGUGGUUGCAAAGGCUGUAUGUGACUAGUGUUACACGCACUGUGGCAAAGGCACGGUGGUUUGCACCCAACACCAGAUAUCCAAAACAUGCAGCUAGUGUUUCAGUGUCAACAGUGUCUCUCCUAGCAUUGGAUAUAAGAAGAGUUGUCUUGAACACUGUAAGCAAGGAUCUGUCCUCCACUUCACAUCCCUGUGAAAUCGUGCAGCUUUCCAAAACAGAGCUGUGUUGUGGUGGAUUAAAGUAUUUAAUUCAGAGUUUACACUAACUAGUCUGCUGUGGUUUUUCAGCAUGAUGCUCAUUAUUGGGUUCAGUUAGAAGAGACUGCCUCUAAUGACAACUGCCCGGCUAUUUUGUGUAAAACGACAGCGUUCAAUUGUCUUUGCCAUGUUUACACCUAAAUUUCCAAAUGCUCUUGUUAUUACAAAAAAUACUUUGAGUUUAAUCAUUAAAGGAUGUUUCUUACCACCACAA